AUGAAUUUGGACUUUCCUCAAGAUCUCGCCCGUGAUUAUGAAAAAUUACUUCAACAUGGACGUAGUUCUGAUGUUAUUAUUCGUGCUGGUGAAGGACAAAACUUGAAGGAAUUUCGAGCACAUUCACUUAUAUUGAACGCACGUUCAAAUUAUUUUUGCGCCGCUUUUUCUGCUAACUGGGCUAAAAAAGAAGGUGAUUGCUUCGCUUCUAUGAUACCAAAUAUUUCUCCAAAUUUAUUUGAAAUUAUUAUAAGAUAUAUAUAUACUACUGAGAUUAUUUUAAAUAACUUGAGUGAUCUUGAGACUUUACGACUUUUGGUUGCUGCUGAUGAAUUACUUCUUCAAGAUUUUAUUGAUAGGCUGUUACCUUUCAUACAAGAAAAGUUAGAAGCAUUUAUGAAGAAUGAUUCAAUCAUCAUUCUGCAAUUUGUUUUUAAUUAUAAUGCCUAUAUCAUUCUUGAUUUUAUUCCUUUAAUUCGUUGGAAUAACAUUUCUUCUUCUGAAUUUUGGAAGAAAAAAUCUUUCUUUAAAAAUGUUUUAUCAAAAGAAUUAUAUCAAGAUAUAUUGUCUUAUUAUCUUGAUUCCACCACACCACCUGCAAAAACUGUAAUGUUAAAAUCAAGGACUAAACCCGUUAAGCAAGAUAUAAAAAAAUUUGAAGAAGCCUCAUACGUGGAUCUUGCUAAAAUUAAUGAAAAAUUACUUCAAGAUGAUCCAAAUUAUGAUGUAAUCAUUCGUGUUGGUGAUGAUCAAAAUUUGAAGGAAUUUCACGCUCAUUCCCUUAUUUUAAACACUCGUUCUCCUGACUUUUUUGAUGCUUCUUAUAAUACCAUUGAAAAAGAUGGAAAGUUUACAAUUUUUAAUUUUAAAAAUAUUUCCACAAAUACUUUUGAAACUAUUUUAAGGUAUUUAUAUACCGCUAAAAUUAUUUUGGAUGACUUAGAAAUCUUGAAACUUUUUGUGGCUGUAAAUGAAUUAAAUCUUAAAGAUUUGAUUGACAAAAUAAUCCUUUUUAUGCACCAAGAUCUCGAAAGUUUUAUGAAACAUGAUUCCGUUGAUGUAUUGAAAAUAGCCUUUCAAUAUGAUUCCUGUGAAUCAUUACAAUUUAGGAAAAAUAUUUCCUUUUUUGAAAACAUUUUAUCAUCUAAUUUAUAUAAUAAUAUUCUAAAUUAUCAUUUGGAUCCUAGUUCACUACCUAAAGAAAUUAUCAUUUUACCUCCAAGGUAUAAAUUAGAUCAUAUGCCUCAUAUUAAAUCUGAUCAAUUUAAUAUAAUCGCUAGUUGGAUUGAUAAAAAGGAUUUGGAAAAAGGUUCUCAAAGCUUCUUAUCUGGACUAUUUCAAUCAAAUAAUACAUCGGAGCGAUCAAUUUCAAAACUAAAGGAUACAUUAUUCUAUAAUUCUAAUAAUAAUCCUUACGAUUUUAUCCCUUUAUAUUGUUCAAAAAGAGGUGGUCCUACUGAAUUUCAUAAAUUAUGUGAUAAUACAGGUCCAACUGUGACAAUAGCAAAAUUACGUUUAAGUAAUUCGGAAUUAUGUUUAUUUGGUGGUUAUAAUAAUAUAAGUUGGAAACCUUAUUGUCGCAAAAAAAAUCCAUAUUAUUCAUUUUCAAAAUCAAAUAAAAAUUUUUUAUUUUUAUUUGAUAAUGAAAAUGACCUUAGUACUACAAAAAUUGCUCGUGUUAAAAGAAAUAAUUCUGCUGCUGGAUAUUGUUCAGGUUAUGGUCCAAUAUUUGGUUCAAAAAAUUAUUAUUAUUUUUUUGAUUCUAAACCAGUUUUAAAAAUAUGGUCGUCAAAAGGUAAUAGUAAAACUAAUUAUCCGGACUUUAAAAAUUUUUCAAAAUUACAAGCCGCUACUUCUUACACGGUCGAGGAUUAUGAUGUUUGGCAAGUAGUUAGAAAAAAAGUUUCUUGA